UACAUUAUUAUUUCUCAACCACAUUGCAUUGUAAUUUAGAAAGAAUUGAAGUAACAUGGCUUACUCAAGGUCAUUUAUGUUUCUUGGUGUUAUUCUUUUUGUUAUUCUCUCAACUCAAGUUUUAGAUGCAAAUCAUGUACCCGGGCCUUAUAUUACUAAUCCGAUGGCCAGAGUGGACAACCGUUUGAUGUUUUCGGAAUCUGAUUUGAUUACUAUGCAUAAAAAUUUGAUGAAGUAUGAUGCUAACACUAUUCUCAAAAUCCGAAACAUAGUAAAUGAUUUAUUUGACGAGGAAAAUGAAGUUACUAUAAGUGGUGAAAAAAAUAAAGUUUCAUUAAGUGAUGAAGAACAUCAAAUUUCCAAAAAUGACGUGGAAGAUCAUGCUUCACUAUGUCAUAAAGAACAUCAAGUUUCCAAAAAGCCGAUGACCAGCGUGAACAGCCGUUUGAUGUUUUCGGAAUCUGAUUUGAUGAAUAUGCAUAAAAAUUUGAUGAAGUAUGAUGCUAACACUAUUCUCAAAAUCCGAGACAUAGUAAACGAUUUAUUUGACGAGGAAAAUGAAGUUUCUAUAAGUAACCGUGAAGAGAAAGUUACCAAAAGUAACCAUGAAGAUGAAGUUUUCAAAAUUGAUGAAGAACAUAAAAUUUCUAUAAAUGAUGAGGAGUAUAAAGUCUCUAAAAGUGACAAUGAAGAUAGUGCUUCUAUGAAUGAUGAGAAACAUAAAGUUUCCAAAAGUGGGGAGGAAAAUAAAGUUUCUUUUAACAUAACCAAUUGAACCCUCUAGCAAAAAAUAUGUAUUAUUUGGUGCCUUCUAUAUAUGAUGACCAAGAAAUGAUGUAUGCAAUUAUAAAUAAAAGGGUUAAAUAUGUGUUUGAUCCUUAAUUCCUUAUAAUAAAAGGAUAACUUUCUAAAUUUAUGUUUUACUUAAUUUUUAUAAUAUUGUUAGUCAGGGCCGGUUUUGGGCCAGGGCAACUAGGCCCCCAGUCCAGGGCCUCAAAAAUGUACUAUAUUUAUCAAGAAAAAAAAAACUAUAUUUGUAGAA